GUAACACAUCUAGCACGAAUCACCGGCAAUGUGGUCGUACGAAUCAACAAUCACGAGCAUACGGAUCUACAAGAGUACAUCGGUUCGUAUGCACCGGACGCCACUGGGAAACUGGUCUUCGUUGAGGGUGCGCUUCUGAAGGCAGUUCGAGCGGGUAGUUGGGUGAUUCUGGACGAAUUGAAUCUGGCACCGACGGAUGUUAUUGAGGCGUUGAAUCGGUUAUUGGACGAUAAUCGUGAAUUGUUUGUAUCCGAACUGAACAACACCGUGAAAGCACAUCCAUCGUUCCGGUUGUUCGCCACACAAAAUCCGGUCUCAACCUAUGCGGGACGAAAGCGUUUAUCACGAGCGUUGGUCAAUCGCUUUGUGGUGCUGAAAUUUGAGCAUCUUCCAUUCGACGAACUGGCACAAAUGGUGUGUGCAAGAUGCGCUGUAGCACCAUCUUCGGCCAACAAGAUGGUGUCGGUGUUAUGUGAGUUACGAGCUCAGCGAAGUCUGAUGGGUGUUUUUUCGGCUCGAGACGGCCUGAUGACGCUGCGAGACGUGUUUAGAUGGGCGAAACGUCUAGCGAACUCGGACGCAACAGCAGAUUGGCAACAGAGUCUGGCAGAUCAGGGUUUGAAAUUAGAUUUUGUGAAGUUGGAUUGGAAUGUGAUUGUAGCAUUUAGUUUCUUCCUGCUGGCAGCACGAUGUCGCAACUCCGUCGACGAGCAACUAGUCAAAGAGACACUCGAAAAGAUUUUGAAACGUCGAAUUGACGUCGAUAAACUGUUUGCGAUGGAUUCACCGUAUAUGCCUGAAUGGUUGAAGGACGAUUGUAUGGCUAAUGAAAAUGUAGUGUUAACUAAGGCUAUGCGUAGAAUGCUGGUGCUGUGUGCACAAGCAUGGCAUAACGAUGAGCCGGUUCUGAUGGUUGGAGAAACUGGAGGAGGGAAAACAACUGUGGCUGAUCUGAUUACGAAGGUAUGA